UCCCGCUUCUUUACUCCUCACCGUCGCCGAUACCUUCCAGAGAGAGCUCCUCCCUCCACCACCACCUCCUCCCAUCCUCCCUCGCCCUGAGCACGCUCCUCCCCUCCUGCAAACCCUCCCACGAGAAGCCCUCGUGCCGGCGAGGAUGGAACAGCAUCCGGUGCUGCGGGACGCCACCUCCCCGGUGCUGCGCCUCCUCCGCCGCCUGUGCGCGGCCGCGCCUGGGGCCGACGAGUUCGUCGCCUUGCUCUGGCGCAUCUGGCGCUGGUUGUGCGCUCGCCGGCAUGGCGCGGCUCCGGCGACAGUCGGUGUGACCCUCCCGCUCGACGGCUGCAGCCAGGCCGCGCUCGGCGUCGACGAGGACGAAGGCGGUUCCUCCAUCAAGAACCGGGUCACCGACGACGACGACGACGGCGGCGGCUCCAUCAAGAACCGGCUCACCGAGGACGACGGCGGUUCCUCCAUCAAGAACCGGGUCACCGACGACGACGACGACGAAGACGACGGCGGCGGCUCCAUCAAGAACCGGGCCACCGACGACGACGGCGGUUCCUCCAUCAAGAACCGGGUCACCGACGACGACGAGGACGACGGCGGCGGCUCCAUCAAGAACCGGGUAACCGACGACGACGGCGGUUCCUCCAUCAAGAACCGGGUCACCGACGAGGAGGAGGAGGACGGCGGCGGCGGCUCCAUCAAGAACCGGGUCACCGACGACGACGGCGAGGACGACAACGGCGGUUCCUCCAUCAACAACCGGGUCACCGACGAGGAGGGGGAGGACGGCGGCGGCGGCUCCAUCAAGAACCGGGCCACCGACGACGACGGCGAGGACGAUGCCGGCAAGAACAAGCGCCGGCUCGGCAUCGAGCGCCCCACGCCGGCCGCCGACCCCGGCGACGACGUCCCCACUAACCUUCUCCAGGACGCCGACCUCGCCGGCGCGGCCGCCGACCCCGACGACUUCCCCUCGGAGCUUCUCCGGGACGCCGACCUCGCCGGCCCGGCAGCUCUCGGCAUCAUCUCCAAGGACAAGAAGGCUGGCAAGGAGCGCGCGCUCGGCACCUUCAAGAACACCAUGAUCCCAGUCCAGAAGCCACCUGCCUUAGCGCCGUGGGGCUCUACUCCUACUCCUGCAGGUCGAGCUCCUCGUGCCGUUGAAGAGGAGGAGGAGGAACGCAGAGCUAUGCAUCUGAAGUACGUGAAGAUUUGCUCCUCACUCAGGGGCCAGAAAACCUACUGCUUUUCUUGCUUUAUGGAGAGUGAGAUUGACCCUGCCAAGAAAGGGAAGAAGCCUGCCAAGAUCCUGAAGAACAAGGACCAGGCCGAAAAGCACAUGGAUGCUUGGCACAAGUCAAACUCAAUUCCUCUCAAGUGCAGUAAGACGGGCUGCUUUGCCAUGUCAAGAAUUCGACAGGACAUCAGCCACCACGAGAAAUAUGCACAUGGGUGCUAGUUUGAUCGAUCACUUACAAUUUCUUCAUUGGUGGCGCUCAUAGGCUAAUGUGAUCGCUUAAUUACAACAUCUUUGGUUGCGCUGAUAGGUUAGAAUUAAUGUGCUUCACUGGCUGGGUUAUAAUGUGGCGCUGAUAGGUUAGA